UAACGCAGUCGAGCAGACAUCACAAAAGGCGAAGUCUGAUCCAUACCGUUUAGCCUGUGAAAAUACUUGCGAAAAGGGGAGCACCUGUCAGCCGAAGAAUCGAGGGACAAUCAGACUGGCCGUCGAGAUUCACCGGCUCGAACCAUCUGAACGGAAGAGUCACGCACAGAAAGAGCCAGGAAACCAAAUCACAAGGCCAUCGAAAGAAUCAUACCGGCGGAGCACGAAGCGGCCCUAUCUAGCAUAGGGAAAGUUCGACUCCAUCCCUCCAUUCACCCGUUUUCCUCGUCUAACAUGGCCCAACCCUCCGCCACACAUCCCAAUAUCGAAGACCCCUUCGACCACCUCCUCACACUCGAAGACACCCUCUACACCUCAGCCUACCAACUCGGCGCCGCAGACGGCGCCAGAGCUGGCCGCAUCGAAGGGCGGCUCUUCGGUUUAGAAAAGGGCUUCGAAAAGUACGCCGCCUUAGGGAAUCUGCAUGGACGCGCAGUUGUUUGGGGAUCCCGCCUACCAUCUUCCACCAAGGCGCCAGCCCAGCAAGCGCCGAAAGCAAAGGACGACGAUGGCGAGAAGGAGCCGAGCGAGUCAGACGCAGAAGAGCAGACCCAAAGGGAAAACCUGCCACCAUUACCCGCAAACGAGAGGUUGAAGAAGCACAUCCACACUCUGCACGCUCUAACCGACCCACCCACAUUCAGCACGCUCAACACUGAAGACGCCGUCGCCGACUUCGACGACCGCUUCAAGCGCGGGGGCGCAAAAACCAAGAUCAUCGAGCGCAUCAUCAACGAGCCCCCUUCCUCCCAUCGAACGUCCGCCUCGCCAUCCGGAGAAGACCGCUCGCCGAGGAAGGGAAGGGGUGUGAGGGUAAAUGGGGAGGUGAAGAAGAAAGGAGGGGAGGAUAGCAUGGAGGAUUUUGUGGGAUCGCGGUUUCUGAGCUGAAGAUAAGGUGCUGGUGCAUGUUCUGAGCUAUAUUGACCGCCUAGUGCAAGGUUAGGCUUGGGAGGAUCCAUGGGUUGAAGGAAGACAGAUCCGCAUCCCAGAGCAUUGGCAUCCACCCCCAGUCUAACAAAUACCGUACCUUCCGCCUCGGCAUAUCACGACGAGGGAAUCAUACGAUGCCGUUGCGGAAUGGUCUGAUGCGUAGUCCUGAAGGAAGGCGCGGUGAAGCAUGAGUAAGCCGUCGGGAUGGAUCAAAGCCUUUGAAAGUAGUCUCGAAGAGAGAGUGAGAUAGAAAUAUAUCGGGCUCAUUUUUGGUCG